CUUUCAAUCGCACAUUGCCCACAUUCCUUGACCUCUUUGAUCCAUUUUAUCUAUAUUUAGACGGUCUGCAUAUGUUCGAACGUAGUUAGUUAUAUGAAUACUAAGUGUGGUGACAGUGAAGUAAAUCAAACCUUUUCCUCAAAUUAUUCAAAAAUAUGAGUACUUCUGUAAUUAAGGAAAAAUUAAGUAUUACUACACAUGUUUUGGAUACUAGCAGAGGUCGGCCUGCUGAUGGUUUAUUUGUAUGUCUCUAUAAGUUUGAAAAUAACAAGUGGAUUUUUUUGAAAGAAAGCACGACAGAUUCGAAUGGACGCUGCCAAAAUUUGUUGCAAGACAUGCAAGAGAAUCCCGGGUCUGGCAGAUUCAAGAUUGAGUUUCGGGUAAACGAUUAUUUCAAGCGAAUCGCAACCGCUUUUAUGUACCCGAUGAUUGACGUGAUGUUCGACGUGCAACAUCCUAAUGAGCAUUAUCACAUUCCUCUGCUGCUGAAUCCUUUCGGAUAUACCACAUAUCGUGGCUCGUGAUCGACAUCACACUUAAUCCAGAAAUCACUUAGGAUAUUUUUAUAUUCCAGAAAAUGUGUGUCGAGAAAAUGUGAACUGUUAUUUUAAAAUAGUUAUCGUUUUCUUUCUUUGUGGAUAUAUUUUUUUUAUAAAUUCCUUAUGAAUCUUUAAAUAUUAAAUUCCAUUGAAAAUUUGUAAUAAAAAAGCAUUAUAUUAAUUAAAAACUUUUUUGUUCAAAA